AUGGAUCCGAUAGACAGGCAGUUUUUGAGUGUCUUGUUCCCGCAGUACCUGAUGAAGCAGCCGAUAGGUUCUGAGCUUGUUGGGCUUUACAACAGCCACAAGUGGCUACUGCAGAAGCUGUGUGGGAAGCAGGACGACUGUGUGUCACGAGGGGUAAUACCGCAAGGUACUCCCCUGCCCGUGGCAACAAAGAAGGAAAUGUGGAAGGGGUUGAUGAGGUUGGGCGUUUUGGGAACGCUGCCCUACGAUUCCGCCGACGACUCGUACCUUGUGCAAUUGUACCAGUACUUCUACCCGUUUAAUUCCCUGCUAGAACAGUUCCAUAUAAACUACGACGAUACUCGCGGGGGCUUGCUAGUUGACACUGAUCAGAUGGAAGUGGAUAAAACGGAAGAACCAAACGGGCGGGAAACUGCUGCUACGGAGAAGUUGGUAGGGAUGGAUAUAUACGAUACCAUUGGGUACAGGCUCCCCACGAGAUGGGAGAAGCCUGAUAACGACCGACUGAACCUGUCGAUCAAGAACCUCAGAGUUUCCCUCAAUAAGAACUGGGUGGAGUUACCGAAGUUGGAGAGCAAGCCAAGAACUCUAUCCGCGUCUUCUGCAGGUAGUAAUGGAAACGUCAUCGGCACGAUCAAUCAGCUGAAUGGCCUGAGAAAUGAUAACAGCGCCAUCAGCAGUGGCAGUACCAGCAACAACAACAACAGUAGUAAUAGCAAAACAGAUUACGCUUUCCUUUCCGCAAACGAGUCGAUUCCGUAUCGCGACCUCGGCGUAUUUUACUACGAAGUCACAGUAGAAUCAAACGCUGACACCAACGACCCGAUAUCCAGUGCCAUCGAUGUUUUGCUCGGGUUUAAGUACUCCUCUAGUGCUGUGCUGGAUCUUGGAAUAGCGUCGAAUCAACCUCGACGGAACACUGCAGCAACGGUAAGCCCCAUGGAUCGUGAACUGGACGAUGAUGAAGAGGAAGACAACGACCUUGAAAACGACGUGGACUAUCCUGACUCAGUGAUGUCUGGGGACUACACAUCGCGCACAUAUUUCAAGAACAAGGCCUCGACAGUGUAUGGUUCGGCAUACCGCGGGUUUUUCGGUUAUUGUAGUUUGGACGGUAAAGUAUACUCCGGGAGGCAUUCCAGCGAGUAUUCGUCUAAGUUAAAAGUGAACGAUACCAUUGGAUGUGGAUUUGACUUCAUCAACUCGAGCAUUUUUUUCACCAAGAAUGGGAACUACCUUGGUGAGGCGUUCGUAGGGCUCCCUGAAUCCGCCUUUGUCCCGUCAAUCGCAUUGAAAUCUAGCAACGGGAAUUACAAGAACGAUUUUACCCUAAAGACUAACUUUGGUCUGUUAGAGGAGUUCACUUUUAACAUCGUCGGAUAUUGCGACCAACGCAAGGGUGAAUGUUACGCGAAUGUGGUGGAUAUCCAUUCGCGGAAGACUGCGGAACCCUACCCAAUGGAUGACACCACUUUCGCCAAAGUCACGAAACCCCUGCUGAAAUGGGACAGAAGGUGGUACGACUAUUCAGGUGGUGGUGAUCCGAUGAACACUUUGAGUGAAAGAGACGCCUCGUUACAGGACUCGCUAAAUUAUUUGAUAAACGACUAUUUGGUACUUGAAGGUAUGGUGGACGUCGCGAAGAGUUUUCUACAGGACUUGCGCGAGGAUUGCCCUGAGCAGGAUAACUCAGAAGAGUCAAAAGUGAUCUCGCGCAUUGAGAGCCGGAUUUGUGAUCAAGAGAAACUCGUUCUUCUCAGACAGAAACUUCGGAAGUACGUCAAUGACGGAGCGCUGGACAAGUGUGUUGCGUAUUUGAACAGUGAGAUCCCCGGGUUGCUGGAGUCCAACGCAGAAGUGUCCUUUGAGAUUGAUCUGGCGCGGUUCAUACUGGGAAUCAUGAGCGGGGAACCCGUUGCGAGGAGUAUCGAGACGGGCCAGGAUCUAUCGCUUAAAUGUAGCACGAACAGUGCGAUCUCCGAGGAGACGCGGACGUGGUUCCAAGCGCGACUCGGAAACGUAUCCUCUCUGUUGGCAUACGAGGAUCCUAUGACGCAAGCUCCCAAGGAACUUAUGGUGUACAUGACUCCGGAGUACCUUCAGGAGCGGUUAUUCCAGGAGAUCAACGCGAGCAUAUUGUCUUUCAAUAACGAGUCCCAGGAGUCCCUGCUGGAACAAGUCAUUGGGUCGACAAGGUCAAUGCUCGGUAUUCUACAGGAGAACAGCAGUGAUUUGUAUCCUUUGGACGGGCCCGCGCUAGUGAAUUCCGCCUAUUACCGGGGGAUGAACUUGGACGAGGAUAUUUUGAAGUUAUAA